AAAAGAGUAUAGCAAAAAAAAUUAAAAUUCGUAUGGCAGAGGAAAGUGAAGAUGAGUUUGAAGAAAACGUUGAAAAUGGAUUUAAAUCUGAUAUUACUUUAACUGGUAAUAAGCUAAAGGCUGCAAAACUGUAUAAAGAAUUUCUCUUAUUAGAACAAGGGCUUCCAGUUAUUGCACCAUUUUUUGAUGACAAUGCACAAGUUUGUAAAUCAGAUUUUUAUAAUAAUAUAAAGAAACAUUUGAAAAAUAUAAUACACCAAAGCUCAACUUCAAAAAUAUUACAAUUUGAUUCUUCAUUAAUUAGUGGAGCACUUGGUACAAAUUUAUAUCAGGAAGAGCAGGAGCCUACAGCAUCAAUUCUGUCAGAAUUUGAUGAUAGUAACUUACGAGAUCAAAUUAAUUUGCUGCGAAAAGUUCUGGAAUUACCAUCUAAUAUUUUAACAAAUACAUCUUUAUUAACAAACUCAAAUAAUCAACAAAUAUUAAUGUUUUCUUCUCUUAUGAGUAUGUGCUACAAAUCACUUCAUAAAGUUGAAAUUAGUUCUUACAAUUCAGAAUUAUAUCGAAGAAUGUCCUUGAGAUUUUUGUAUGAAUUCGAAUUGGCAUACUGUUAUAUAAAAGAUUUUGUCAUUAAAUACACAAGUCGCUCAAAAGAAAUGAAGUCUACUACUCAAAUUAAUGCUCUUCUUACUGGAAGAAUUACACUACAACAAUUGUUGAAUAUUGAAAAUACUACUUUGGAAACUUUUCUAGUUCAUCAACCAAUAAAGCAAAAGAAAAAAAAAUUA